AGUUCUUCUCAAAUUUAUUACAGCAUUUUUCACUGCACCUAGAUUCCUAGAAUGUAGCGCUCCAUGUCUCCAUUGUUUCAAGCUUCCCGCCUGCUCUGACUUUCCUAGUCUACAAUUUACCCUCUUCCUUGUCCCAAUUUCUUCUUCCUCUCUGACUUUGAAGCUCCAGUUAGGAAAUGGGUGAAGAGAAAAAUCCAAAAAUUACUAGAAGAGCCACUAGAUUAUCAGCGUCCUCUGUGGCACUAAAUUCAAAAGAUGUUCAGGUGGAGUUAAAACCUCUCACGAUUAAUGAUCUUGCUUUUGGUAAUGAAUCCAUUACCUUUGAUGAAUUGAUGUCCACUUUACCUGGAAGGCGGGCCCAAAUCAAUGAAUUGUUGCGAUUACUAGGUCCCUUGAAUUCCCCAAUGUAUCCUCUUUUCUUAUACGGAGGGGCGUCGGUUGGGAAAACAAGCACAGUUCUUCAGAUAUUCAAGCAUCUUAAGAGGCCAUUUGUGUACUGUAGCUGCAUAACUUGUUAUAGCCCCAGGGUUCUGUUCGAAUCCAUCUUAAACCAGUUGUUUCUGCACACAAGGACUGAAAGCAAUGGUUAUUCAAGUGCAAAACGGUGUAGUGAUAGGCCCUCGGAUUUUUUGAAUCUCUUGCGUGAAGCUCUGGUUAAGGUUGUUGAGGAUUUGAAGAAGAAUGACGACAAAUCAGGAUCUCCAAGGACUGCUAAUGGCAGGAUGAUUUACUUGGUAUUUGAUAAUGUAGAGCUCAUCAGAGGAUGGGAUAAGCGUGAAAUAUUGCCUUUCCUAUUUAAACUUAAUGACAUUCUGAAGAUGCCGGAGGUCGGGUUGAUCUUUGUCAGUGGUACAUCUCCUGAUACUUAUUACACUGAUGACACAGGCUGUGUGGAGUUUGUUCAUGUUUAUUUUCCUGAUUAUACAGAAGAUGAUCUUCAUCAAAUCUUUAUGAGGAACCAAGCAAAUACAAAAUUGUAUUCAUCAUUUCUAGGAUUGGUGCUCAAAUCUUUCUGUCGAGUCACAAGAAGAGUUGAUGAGCUGUCUGCUGCCCUUGCACCCUUAUUCAAGAUUUACUGUGAACCCCUUGAUGACUCAGGGGCUGUUCCUAGUCAAGAUUUGAAAACUAUAUUGUUUUAUCACCUGCAACCACAUAUUAGGCCAUCCAUGAAUAAGGUCUUCAAUGUGUCAUCCCGGCCUGAAGCGGCAACCUCCAACGAUACCAGCCAUAAUAAGAAAGUAAUGAGUAAAGCCGCAUUUGCUGACUCUUCUGACUUUCACAUGUCUGUGUGUGCAAAGUAUCUUCUCAUUUCUGCAUUUAUUGCUUCAAGAAACCCAGCAACUCUUGAUGCCUCCCUGUUUGAUCCAACUGGAGGAUGUGGCAGUCGGAAAAAAAAGAGAAAGGUGUCUCAGAAAUCAGUGGAGCAGAAAGAGAUGACCGAGCAAGAAUCUAUGAUGAAAGGACCAGGAACUUUUCCUUUGGAAAGAUUAUUGGCUAUAUUUCAGUGUAUAACAUCUGUCUCUGAAUGUUUGCCUGAAGACGAAGAAGAAUCAGGAAAAGAAGGAAAGAGUUGGAACAGUGGGUUGAUGUCUGAUGUUCUAUUACAGUUAUCAAGCCUCUGCAAUGCUAAUUUUAUCAGCAAAGGAGGAAGUUGCCCUCUAGAAGGUUCAACGCGGUAUCGAUCCUUGGUGUCUGAAGAUUUGGCUCUCAAGGUCGCUAGGAGCCUAGAAUUUCCCCUGUCAAAGUAUUUAUACAGAUGACAUAACUGGUUCAUUGUAAGCCUGCUUUGCAAAUAUUGGCACUCCACAUCCUAUAAAAGAAUCCCAAAGUAGACGCCUAUAUGGUUUUGGUUGGUAGCACAUAAAUGUCAGCCAGCUUAAUGAACAGCUAAGAUUGCAAUCAAGCUUAUCCAAUUAUUUAUAGCAAGAUUUCCAGAAGUGGGAGGUGUGUGGCUAGUGCCAACACAUAUUGUUGCUGCUGCUGUUGAACUGUUGUGUUUCUGUAUCAUUUUAUUGUAGUAAUCUUUAUUUGUACAUAAAAUAUAAAGAUAUUUUGGUUGGAAACCAAACAUGUAAUCAUCCUACCACAAAAGAUACUCCGUAUCAUUGAAACAUUUAAUGAACUCUUAUAAUUAAUAUGUAUCGAUAUACUUGUACCUUAGCAUAAG